AAGUUUACCCUUUGCAAUUGCUGAAGUCUGCCCUAAUUAAGAAGAGUUCGUGAGAGAGAGAGAGAGAGAGAUACAAUGGAUGAUAUAGCAGCAGCUGAAGAACGAAUUGUGACGGAAAGAUUGAGGCAGAAGCUAAACGAAGUGAACACGACCGCCCAAACCCAGCUUUCAGUCGUUCAAGAUCAUGUUAAAUUCACUCUUCAGCAAGCCUAUUUCAAGUGUGCAUACGAAUGCUUCGACAGGAGGAAGAACACCGAUGAGAUUAACAACUGCGUAGACUAUUGUAGUGCUCCUGUUCUCACAGCCCAGAAUCAGAUUGAGGAUGAAACGGCUAAGUUUCAGGAAAGGUUAAAUAGGUCUCUGAUGGUGUGUCAAGAUAGAUAUGAAGCAGAUAAGGUACAAAACAAAGUAGGUGCUAUAAACGUGCUGGAGUCAUGCGUUGAUCAAUCUGUGCAAGACAGCAUCAAGACAUUGCCCCAUAUUGUUGGACAGCUCAAGGCUUCUCUUUCGAUCAUUGAACCACCGGCCAACAAUAUUUGAGUGAGCUCCUCCCCUCCCAGGUUGGUUGGUUGGUUGGUUUGAAGGUGCAAAAAUUCAACAUUCAUUACUAGAGGAUUAGGAAAUAUAAGUGAAGAACAAAGAGAAGAGACAAUGAUUCUUGCUUGUGAUUGAACUGAUUUAUAUUCAAAAGGAUGCAUAUCCAAAAUGAGAAAUGAUAAAACAAGGAAUAGUGAAUUUGGAAGAGGAAAUA